CUGGCUCAGUCCGACUCUUCAACCGACGCGUUAGCAUCGUCGCAUCCGUGUUUCUUCGUUCUAUCAACGUGUGUAUAUGUUCACACUUUGGUUUUCUUGUUUUUCGGGGUUAAAUCACGAUGGUUAAAUUUAGAUUGACUGAACAAGAAACGGUGUAACGUUACGUAAUUAUCUGUUACUAUUGUAUUUAUAGUUGCGAAGCAAUGUGUUAAUUAUAAUUACAUGCACAGAGCAAAAGUGGAUGUUGAUAAAGUAACAAAUACACACGCUGUUAUUGGGAAACAUGCAUCACUUGUAUCCGGGAAAGGGCGAUCCCUUGUGUCCCCUGGGAUUCCAUCCCCAAGUCAGAUGGCCGACCAGAUGUAAACGAUGCUUCAGGGAUUAUAAAGAACAUGGCGGGAAACGGCGGGACGAAGAUUCACUGAGACGGGACGACAGAACGGCCUCAACCCCAAGCCUAUCGUGGAACCCAAGGGACAGUGAAAGUGAAAAACGUAGAAUCUGGGUGUCCAGCACGAACUUGGCAAGUGAUAGAAACGAAUUGAAUAGAUCAAACUCUGGAAGUGAUGAAAGUGACUACAGUAAUCCAUCAUCUUGGACUUCGACUCCAGAUCUGGCCAAUCUGGAGGAUGACACUCAACCCACCACAACGGUAUCAUUGAAACUACCAAAGAGAAAGAUAAAAGCUAUAGACACGGGACAAAGGACAGUUUCAGACAGUGUUUCGUUUUUAAAAGACAAAUCGUUAGUAUAUAACAAAAAUGAUUCUCUGGCGACGCGAGCCAAGAAGCUGCAAGCCAUCAAGGAAAGAAACUCUGAGGGUGUUACCAAAAGGAUACAAAUUAAGGAAGUAAAGACAAUAUCUGAGGAACCAACAAAUCACGAUGUACAAUUUCUAAUCCAAGUUAAAAGACAACCGAAAAAACAAGAAUCCUCGGAGGAAGAGAACGAUGACAACGUGAGUAUGGCAGGAACCGAAACCACAGACACAACAUUGGUGGACUUCCACGAGAACGAACUGCGGGAACAAUACGAGAGUUUAAAGAAAGAACUAGAGGCAUCCAAAUCGAAAUGCGAACGUCUGGAGCGCGAAAAAAGUGACUUUUUACUUAGAAGACUGGCAGCAAUGGAAACCACCACGUCCAAGACCACAGCCACCGAAGUAUUGAAAUUGCAACAGAAAUGCAACGAGAUGCAGCAAUUGUUGGAGGACGUCAAAGACGAAAAACGAAGUCUGUCGCUUCGAGUGAAGGAACUGGAGGAGGACAUAGAGCUUAGACCUACCGCUCAACAGGCACAGAAAAUAGCCGACGAGCUUCGGUCCAAACUUUUGGCGGCGGAGACGCUGUGCGAGGAACUGAUGGAUGAAAAUGAAGACAUCAAGAAAGAACUUAGAGAUAUGGAGGAGCAAAUGGAGGAGAUGCAGGAUAACUUUAGGGAAGAUCAAGCUGAUAGAUACACGUCUAUCAAGAAAGAACUUGAUCAAACCACAAAAAAUUGUCGAAUAUUGUCCUUUAAACUUCGCAAGGCAGAACGUAAGACAGAACAACUGGAAACGGAGAAAACUGACCUAGAGAAGAAAUUGAAAGAAGUUUCAGGAGGAACAAGCACACUAUCUCAUCUCGAUAGGAUAAAAGCCUUAGAACAGGAAUUGAAGGUCUCAAAUGAAGUCUCUCUUAGGCUGCAAAAGGAACUGGAAGAAGCUAACAGAAAAAUCGAGGAAACAAAACCAUCUGCGGCGAAAAAAAAACCACCACUACUUGGAAGCAUUGGCAAAGCUCCAUCUGGCGACGGAAAAGUCUCCAGGGAGUCGUUGACAAGAGGUGGUUCACAAGACGACCCAGCUCAACUUCUGAGGGACCUCCAAGAUUCGCUGGAGCGGGAAGCUGAUCUAAGAGAACAGCUGAAAUUUGCUGAAGAAGAGUCAUCUAGAUUAGCCAAAAGGAAACAUGGAAAAAUCAAAAGAGUAUUUUCAACAGCUACUCAAACACUGCUUCUUGAUGCAGAUGUUUUUUGUACUGAUGUUAAGUAUACUCUACAUCAAUCUACUCAAACCCAAUGUGAUAAAAAUAGUGUAGAGACCUGUGAUAUUGCAGUCCAAGCAUCAGAAGAAGUUUCUUGUUCUGAAAUGAUGGAGGUUUAUCCGAGAAAUAAUUUUAUAACAGCUCUGCAAAGUAGAAAUAUGUUAAUGUCUAAAAUAUAUCAACCAGCUAGAGUUUUUUCACCCAUGGCUACAAUUUUAUCAGCAAUGGGUCGAAAGUUAAGUCCAACCAAUCAAAGAUUAACUCCGGAACCUCAAGAAAAGGAUGUGUCAGAAGAUGAUGAUCCUGCCGAAUUGAAGCUGCAGCUGGAACUGAGCGAACAUGAGGCGAGUUUAUUGAGGAAGAAGGUGGAGGAUUUGGAGUCUGAUAAUCACAGACUUAAAACUAAAAAUAAAGACCUACAAGACAAGUGUACCAAAACUACUGCGCGAAGGUCACUACUUGGUAACGACAAAGGAGGAGCUGUUUCUACUCAGAAAUUAAAGGUUCUGGAAGAUGAAAGCAAUGAACUUCGCAAAAAAUUAAUUGAAAAAGAGAGAGAUUGUGAAAGACUACAUGCCGAACUUAGUUUAAAUCAAAAACGUUCCAAGGGAAUGCAAAAAACUAAAUCUCUGGAUAUGGAUCAGCAGACUUUGGACCUUAAAAGACAAUUGCAAGUAAUAGACCAAGAAGCUUCGGUAUUACGAAACAAAGUGCAAAGCUUAGAAACAGAAAACGAGAAACUUAUAGCAGAGAAUAAGAAGUUAAGUCUGCUGCGAGGCACAAAAUCUAAAUCGUCUGAGAAAAACUUGGACAAAUACAUAGAUCAAAUAGCAAAAUUAGAAAUAGAAUUAGGAGAAGCCCAGGAGAAAAUUAAAGCACUAGAAUCAAGUCCCAACAGUGUUAAUUCUAAGACUGGAGAAAUUCAGUCAGCAACAUUGAAAAAAUUCACUCAAAGAACGCCUAAAAAGGUAACAGCCUUAACAUCCAGAGACCAAUUGAAGACAAUGGUGAGCGAUUUGGAGAAGGAAAUUGGUGAAAUGUUAGUUUCUUGGAAAUUAUCAGAAUCGGCAAAACUGAAACUAGAGGAAGAGAAGGGCAAUGGCAAGAACAAACUUGAAUAUGAUAAAAUGUUGAAGGACAUUGAGGAAAUGAAGAAGAAGUAUGAAGCAGUCCAGAAAGAAUUAACUGAAGAGAGAGCCAAAGUUUUAAAUGAGAACAAAAAAUAUGAGGACUUGAAUAAAACACUCAAUCAAACGAAGGAGAGUUUGGAAAAGUCAGUAGAAGAAAAGAACAAACUGAAAGAGCAAAUUGAAAAAUCAUCCAAAGAACAACAUAAGCUCUUGGAAGACAAAAAGAAGUUAGAUGACGAAAUAUCCAAAUUGAGAACUAAUUUGAAAAAUGCUUUAUAUAAACAAGAUGAAGUAACACUGCUGACUCAAAAGUCUGAGAGUCUUAAAUUGGAUCUCGAAAACAAGAACAAAGAGUUAUCUAGUCUCAAAAAAGAAUUAGAAGAAAAAGUAAAAGAACUAACAUCAAAAGUUAAAAAUAUAAGCGAGUUAGAGGGAAAACUAAUAACAGUCGAAGAUAAAUAUAAAACUUCAGAUAAAAAGUUAAAAGAUCAAAUAAAAGACUACGAAAAUAAAAUUGAAGCGGGUAAAGAAAAAAUAAAGAAUAUGGAAAAUGAACAACUAAAACUAGAAGAAGAUAAAAGAAAGCUUAACAAUCAAGUCGAGGAUUUAAAUACAAAGGUCAAAGGACUUGAAAAUUCCAUAGAACAGAAAAAUAAACAUAUAAAACAAUUGGAGGAGAGUCUUAAUAAAGAAAGAGAAAUAGUAUCGAAGACCAAUUUGAAGGUUGGAGAGUUAGAGAACAGAGAAAUUAACAAACUAAAGGACGACCUAAGCAAAAAGAAGGUGCAGCUUUCCGAAUUGGAAUCUAAACUGGAGAUCGCAGCGAAAAACCAAAGAAAUCUAGAAGACAAACUGAAAAAAUCAGACGUCGAAAAUAAGAACAAUAAACUUGAGAUCGAGAAAAAGAACAAGGAAUUGGAAAUAGAUUUGCAGAAUGAGCGUAAGAAACUCGAAGUGAUAAAAGCAAAUCAUGAAAAGGAACAAAAAAAUAGAGAACUAGAGUUGUCAUCACUGAAGAGCAAAAUAAAGAAGCUGGAGUUGAAUUCUGGUACCGGCAAAACCGAAAUUAAGCACUUCCAAGAAACUAUAGAAAAGCUGGAGCUUACCAUUGACCAAGAGAGAAGAAGGUACGAUGACUUAACUGUUAAGUAUGAAAUGUUGGAAGAAGAACACGUAGUUACAAAAGCUAAACUUGUCAUGGAGAAAGAAACUGUUGAUAAUCAACUACUAAACCUUAAAAAAGAGACAAGCCAGUUAGAAUCCGAACUUAAAACAUUACGUGACACUUACAACAGUAAACAGGAUACUUGGAUAAAAGAAAAACUAUCAAUGGAAGAAAAACUGAAAGAUGCUAAAAAGGUGGUGCAUAAUGGCAACGAUUACGAAAAGUCCAGGUUGAAAUCAUCUUUGGAAGAGGUGCAGUCUGAGUUGGAACAACUGAAAAAAGAAUAUAGUAACACCAACGACCAAAUGGAGUUCAUGAGGAAAGAAAAUGAUGAACUCAAGAAGAAACUGGACGAUUAUGAAAGAGUUAAUAAAGUCCAAAGGAACAUCAGUGCUGACAGUACGGCCAUGGAAAAAGAAAUUAGACAAUUGAAGAUUAAAUUGAGCAAUUCCGAAAAGAACAAGAAAUCUGAUCUUGCAGAAUAUAAGAUUAGAUACGAAAGUCAAUUGUCUAUAGUUAAUGGUGAGCUGCAGUCCUUGCAAAAUCAAGUAAUGAGAUUUAAGCGUGAAAGAGAUAAUUACAAACACAUGCUCGAAGCUGCACAAAAAACAAUUGGAGACUUAAAACAAUCGCCAAAGUCUGUUAAAGAUGGAGCCUCCAAAAUUGUUCAAUAUGAUGAGUUGGAAGAGUCAAAAACAAAGGUGCAAACUCUUGAGCAACAAGUAAGCUGUAUGGAAGACGAAUUGUCCGAGUCCAGGUUAGAGUGUUCUAGGUUGAAGACUGAACUGGUGUCAGAGAGAUCAUCCUGGGAGGUCAAACUGUCAGAAUUCCAAUCCAGAAUCAACGAGCUGGAAGAAGAAAAGAUCUUGAACAGCGGUCGCACUAAAAUAGUAGGCUUGAGAACAAGAAUGGAAUUAGCUUGGCAAAAGGAAAGAGAAGAACAACAACGAUUGUUGCAAGAAACAGCCACACUGGCACGUGAUUUAAGGCAAACGUUGUUCGAGGUGGAAAGAGAAAGAGAUAAAGAAAGACUGGAGGCCAAACGCAAGCAGGACCAAUUCAAAAAAUCAUCGGAAGAAGAGCAAGAGGAGAACAAGAAGAAAAUAACCGAAUUACAGUGUGAUUUACUGGAACUUAGAGAUGCUCACGCUAAACUGAGAACGACCAAUGAAAAGCUGCGACGAGAGAAAGAGCGCUAUGAGAAAGAACGUGAGGAGUUCAAGACGAUGAUCAACGGAAAGAAACGGGCGGAUAUAGAAGAUGACAGAAAAAUAAGCGCCAUUAUUGAACACGUGGACACGUUGAAGCAAUUCGCACCCGAACUCUUCUUCUCAAAAGAAACCGAUGCCACGUACACGCCCACACCUCCAAGAAGAACCAAAUCUAAGUCUCGAGAAACUUCACCGGCCGGUGACAGAAGAGAUACCCCCAUGAGUGCGGACGAGAAGCAGCAACAGAUCUACUACAUCAUGCAACGCAUUGUUAACACCACCGAAGAUUUAAGAAGAAUUCAGAGAAUGGCGGAGGACGAGUACGAGAGAGAACGAAUUAAGAGGGCCAUGGGCAUGAGAAGGGCGACGUCCUCUGAGCAUGAAGCUGAUUCCAGAUAUAGUAGACCCUAUUUAAGGCAAAGUCCCAUUGUAACCAAACCUUUGCAACGGAAGAGUUUAUCAUUGGAGCAAACUAACCAAAACGAACAAAAAAUUUGGAAGGGAGACAACGAUAGUGUAUCCAGUCUGCAGUCCUUAGAGUUUAAUUCCGAUGUGGAGGCCAUGAGGAGUAGAAGGGACACCAGUUUGGACAGCAGGUUAUCUGGCGGUUCGACGCAGAGUGAUUUUGGCGAGAAGAAGAAGAAAAAGGGUAUUAUGGGUAAGUUGAAGAAGUUAACAAAGUCGAGGAGCAUCGAUGACCAGGAUCCCGGAACAUUUUCACCUUCUCGAUCGUUGUCAUCUCGACCUAAUUCCAAUUCUGAAGUAAAUGAAGAAAGAGGAAGUAAAAAGGACUUAAGGGAACGAAUAACAGGGAUGUUCAAGAAGAGCGGCUCUUCAUCAAGAAGCAACAGUAUGGAAAGACAGAGGCACGACACAAGUUCCACUCAAAGACCUUUAAUGAGAAAUGGAAGUAACGGAAAUUUGCAUUCAUCAUCUUCUGACAUAGAAACACCUAAAAAAGGAAAGUCUAAAAGAAGUUGACUUAAACCAUUUUCCAUUUUUUACCCCUUCUUUCCUUAUUGCUUUAAUGUAGUUUUUGUGUAAAAUUUAAUAUUUUGACUUAUUUAUUUUAACUAUUGGACUACAUGUAUAAAUAAAUGUGUAAAUAUUGUAAAA